AUGGCGGAUGGCGACAGCGGCAGCGAGCGCGGCGGUGGCGGGCCCGGCGGCUUCCAGCCCGCGUCCCGCGGCGGCGGCGAGCAGGAGACGCAGGAGCUGGCCUCGAAGCGGCUGGACAUCCAGAACAAACGCUUCUACCUAGAUGUGAAGCAGAACGCCAAAGGCCGCUUCCUCAAGAUCGCCGAGGUGGGCGCGGGCGGCUCCAAGAGCCGCCUCACGCUGUCCAUGGCGGUGGCCGCCGAAUUCCGUGACUACCUGGGCGACUUCAUCGAGCAUUACGCGCAGCUGGGCCCCAGCAGCCCGGAGCAAGUGGCGGCGGCGGCGGGCGCCGAGGAGGGCGGUGGGCCGCGGCGCGCGCUCAAGAGCGAGUUCCUGGUGCGCGAGAACCGCAAGUACUACCUGGACCUCAAGGAGAACCAGCGCGGCCGCUUCCUGCGCAUCCGUCAGACGGUCAACCGCGGCGGCGGUGGCCCCGGACCCGGCGGCCUGCAGAGCGGCCAGACCAUUGCGCUACCCGCUCAGGGCCUCAUAGAGUUCCGCGACGCGUUGGCCAAGCUCAUCGACGACUACGGCGGCGAGGACGACGAGCUGGCGGGUGGCCCGGGCGGCGGCGCCGGAGGCCCUGGGGGCGGCCUGUACGGGGAGCUCCCGGAAGGCACUUCCAUCACGGUGGACUCCAAGCGUUUCUUCUUCGACGUGGGCUGUAACAAGUACGGAGUGUUCCUGCGCGUGAGCGAGGUGAAGCCGUCCUACCGCAACGCCAUCACGGUCCCUUUCAAGGCCUGGGGCAAGUUCGGGGGCGCGUUUUGCCGGUACGCGGAUGAGAUGAAAGAGAUCCAGGAGCGGCAGAGGGAUAAGCUUUAUGAGCGACGCGGCGGGGACGAGUCAGAGGGAGAGGAGGUGGAUGAGGAUUGAAACGCGCGGCUUCCUCCCCUACGGGCCUCCCCACCCCACCACCGUCUCCUUGGCUAGAGAGCUCCCCUUCCUAUUCAUCCCCAGUGAGCUAGUGGAGGGGAAGCAAGGGAGCCCCCGGAGGGGGAAAACAAUUUUAAAUAAUAUAGUUAAUUAAGAGAAAUAACCGUAAGAGAACAGUCAGGACAAUUAGAGAAAAGCGGUAAAGUUCCAAGGAAUUGACAGCAACCUGCAAAGAGAGGACAACAGUGUCUCCUCACCUGAGCAGAAGUCUCAGCUUCUUUUCCUUCCCAGCUAAGAUUCCUAAAUCCAUCGGGAUAACCCUGGAUGGGAGAGAUCCUGCACGCUGGCCAAGGAACACCUCGAGUUACCCAGACCCGUUGAUGACAGCUCGAUUUGUGUUAUAUUUGGGUAACCUGGUCUAAAGAUCUUUCUAGACCUCAUUGUUGCAGUGUCUAUCCCUUCACCUCCAUUGAAAUCAGCGUUUUGGAUCUAGAUCUUCAUGGAAUUCUUGCGAAGAGAGAGGCCUUUGCAGUUACCCAGUCCUGAGGGUACAAGUUUCAUGAAAAGGAAUGCAACUUUACGUAAUCAUAGACAGGGCAAAAUAAGAAUUCAAGAAGCCACCAGGGACAGAAACAAAUUGGAUCCAGUUUUAAAUGGUUUUGCAUAGAACCUGGACAAAGGCCCAUGUCUUGUCUUUGCAGAAUUGUUUUCCGGGAUGCAAAUGGAUUCAGAUGUCAGUCCUUGAACUAGAAUCCCUUACUAUAAUGUUUUGGAAGUUGGCAGAUUUUUUUCAAAGAUAAAAGCAGUUUUACAUUGGGGGUUGCUGAGGUAGGCACAAGAAGAAAUCAGGCAUAAAGCACAAGGAAAACUGUUUGAGUGGAUUGGUUGCUGCUCACUAAAGUUCUUCCCCGAUCUCCAAAUAUGGAGGUCAUGGCUUAGAUAUGAAUGAGAGCCAGAUACCCGUGGCUCCACUGUGUGAGCCAGUGAAUUAUGGCUAAUUCGGCUGUUUCGGCCACUGGUUGGCUGGAUUUUAAACCAUAAAACUUGAACAUCUUUACAAAAGGAACAUUGUGGCUACAAGCCUGAGCUUUAAUGGAAUAUAAGUCCACACAGAAAAGUUGAAAGUAACCAAAACUGAAGUCAUCUACCUUCAGUUUAAUCUGUGGAUUUGUUCAAAUACUAAAGAUCCUCAGGUCCAGAAUUCCAGCAUCAUUUAUUCUUUUAAAAUAAAUUUUUAAGAACUUGGUCCAUUGUAUCAGUACCUCACAAUCAAAGUUGGCAAAUGAUGGGUGAGUGAUUCAAGCAGCGUGCCCUUUGAAGCUGAAAUCCAUUUGAAUGGAGCUGAAAUGAACGUGAAUAUGCUGACUAUAUCCUGGAAGCAUUUUUAUACCAUCUUGAAAUUUCAACAAACUGGCUUUUGCCAGUUUAUCCAGCUGUCUUUCAAGAAUAAAAGUUGGGGUUUUCAAGGAUCGCCUCUUCUAUAUUUUA